AUGCAGGUGGAUCGGAGCUGUGUGGUUUCCAGUGCGUGGUGUGCGUGUCUGCUUUUACUUUUCUCAACUCUAAGCGCCAGGGUCACCGAUGUGGGAGGCACCCACCAAAGCAUUCCUCCGUCCGUGGUGAAGCUGUGGGCUUCAGCAUUUGGUGGGGAGAUGAAGUCCAUCUCGGCAAAGUACUCUGGCUCCCAGCUGCUGCAGAAGAAAUAUAAGGAGUUUGAGCGGGCAGUGCGGGUGGAGGAGAUUGAUGGGCUGCGGCUGGUAAAGAGGCUCGCAGAGGACAUGGAGGAGAUGUUUCACAAGAAAGCCCAGGCGAUGAAGAGACUGGUGGAAGCGGCAGAGGAAGCCCACCUGCAGCACGAGGAGGAUCCAAACCUACAGUAUGAAUACUUCAAUGCAGUACUGAUCAAUGAGGUGGAUGAGGAAGGGAACAGCGUAGAGCUUGGAGGAGAAUUCAUCCUGCAACCCAACGACCACUUUAACAACCUGUCGGUCAACCUGAGCCUCAGCGUGGUCCAGGUACCCACCAACAUGUACAACAAAGACUCUGCAAUUGUCAACGGAGUGUUCUGGUCUGAGGCGCUGAAUAAAGUCUUUGUGGAUAACUUUGAGAGAGACCCAUCACUCAUAUGGCAGUACUUCGGCAGUGCCAAAGGCUUUUUCAGGCAAUACCCAGGAAUCAAAUGGAAGCCAGAUGAACACGGGGUCAUAGCUUUUGACUGUCGUAACCGGAAGUGGUACAUCCAGGCUGCAACCUCACCGAAAGACGUGGUGAUCCUGGUGGAUGUCAGCGGCAGCAUGAAAGGCCUCAGGCUGACCAUUGCCAGACAGACUGUCUCCUCCAUACUGGACACUCUUGGAGACGACGACUUUUUCAACAUCAUUGCUUACAAUGAGGAAUUGCAUUAUGUGGAGCCGUGCCUCAAUGGGACUCUGGUCCAAGCAGACGUCACCAACAAAGAUCAUUUCCGGGAGCACCUCGACAAGCUGUUUGCUCAAGGCAUUGGUAUGUUAGACAUAGCUCUGACCGAGGCCUUCAAUCUUCUCAGUGACUUCAACGAGACGGGGAGGGGUAGUGAGUGUAGCCAAGCCAUUAUGCUGGUGACAGAUGGGGCAGUGGACACAUAUGAUGCCAUCUUUGCCAAGUACAACUGGCCAGAGAGGAAGGUCCGCAUAUUCCCUUACCUGAUUGGUCGAGAGUCGGCCUUCGCAGAUAAUCUGAAAUGGAUGGCAUGUGCUAACAAAGGGUACUUCACUCAGAUUUCCACAUUGGCAGAUGUGCAAGAGAAUGUGAUGGAGUAUCUCCACGUGCUGAGCCGUCCCAAGGUGAUCGACCGGGAGCACGACACGGUGUGGACUGAGGCCUACAUCGAUAGCACCCUCCCCCAAGCGCAAAAGUUGGACGACGGUCAAGGUCCAGUUCUGAUGACCACAGUGGCAAUGCCAGUGUUCAGUACCAAGAAUGAGACUAGAAACCGCGGGAUCCUUCUAGGGGUGGUUGGGACAGAUGUGCCCGUCUCUGAGCUGCUCAAGACCAUCCCCAAAUACAAGCUGGGCAUUCACGGCUACGCCUUUGCAAUCACCAACAACGGCUACAUCCUCACGCACCCAGAUCUACGGCCACUUUAUGGGGACGGCAAGAAGCGAAGGAAGCCAAACUACAGCAGUGUGGAUCUGUCUGAGGUGGAGUGGGAGGAUAAGGACGACACGCUGAGAAAUGCUAUGGUCAACAGGAAGACAGGGACCUUCUCCAUGGAGGUGAAGAAGAGUGUCGACAAAGGGAAACGUGUAUUGGUGUUGCAUAAUGAUUACUUCUACACAGACAUCAAGGGGACUCCUUUCAGUCUAGGUGUAGCUCUUUCCAGAGGCCACGGGAAGUUUUUCUUCAGAGGGAAUGUCACAGUGGAGGAAGGACUUCAUGACUUGGAGCAUCCUGAUGUAGCACUGGCAGACGAGUGGACAUACUGCAACACAGACGAGCACCCAGAGCACCGCUACCUGUCCCAGAUAGAGGCGAUCAAACUCUAUCUCAGUGGCCACGAACCCCACCUGCAAUGUGACAAGGAGCUAAUUCAGGAGGUUCUCUUUGAUGCGGUCGUGACUGCCCCGUUGGAGGCCUACUGGACCAGCCUCGUACUCAAUAAGUCUGAGAACUCUGACAAAGGAGUAGAGAUAGCCUACCUGGGCACAAGAACAGGCCUUUCCAGAAUAAACCUGUUUGUGGUGCCUGACGAGCUUACAAACCAAGACUUCCUGACAGCUGAAGACAAAGAGGGGGUGUUCAACGCCGACCACUUUCCCCUGUGGUACAAGAGAGCGGCAGAACAAGUUCCUGGUACCUUUGUCUACUCUCUACCUUUCAACACAGGAUCAGAAAACAAGAGUGUUGUAUUGGCCAGCACUGCCAUUCAGCUUCUGGAUGAGAGGAAAUCACCCAUAGCUGCGGCUGUGGGCAUCCAGAUGAAACUGGAGUUCUUUCAGAAGAAAUUCUGGACAGCCAGCAGACAGUGUGCCGCAUUAGAUGGGAAAUGCUCCAUAAGCUGUGAUGACGAGAAUAUUAACUGCUACCUCAUUGACAACAACGGCUUCGUUCUGGUAGCAGAGGACUACACUCUGACGGGGAAAUUUUUUGGAGAAGCAGAGGGAGCUGUAAUGAGUAAGCUUCUGCAGAUGGGCUCUUUCAAGAGGGUGACUCUGUACGACUACCAGGCUCUUUGUUGGGUCUUUUCAGAGAGUAGUGACAGUGGACACACACUGUUGGAUCCUUACUUUGCUUUCUACUCAGCUGUGAAGUGGAUCCUGACUGAGCUUGUCAUAUUCCUGGUCGAGUUCAACUUGUACAGCUGGUGGUACUCUGACCUCACAGCUAAAGCUCAGAGGAUGGGUCGGACCAUGCAGGUGCCAUGUGACACAGAGUACCCGGCCUUUGUCUCCGAGAGAACCAUCAAAGAGAACACGGGCAACGUUGACUGCGACGGCUGCAUCAAGUCCUUUGUGAUCCAGCAGAUCCCCAGCAGUAAUCUCUUCAUGGUGGUGGUGGACAACAAGUGCGACUGCAGCAUGUUCGAGCCAAUCACCAUGGACCCCAUCGAAAUCAUGUAUAAUGAAUCUCUUAAGUGCGAGAGAUUGAAAAUGCAAAAGGACAGAAGGCGCCCAGAUACCUGUCACCCCUUUCACCCUGAGGAGAACUCAAUGGAGUGUGGAGGAGCUGCGGGUCUCACUCCGUCUCUUGCGGCAACCCUGCUCUGUGUCCUCUUGGCGCUGUUCCCUAGGUGA